AUGACAGGUCAGCACAAUAACACCUUCUCUCCCUCUCAUACGGGCAUACCGUGGAAUGAGAAGGUCGACGAAGCUGCCAAACGCGCCGCUGACCUUGAGGGCCCUGGCACCUCAUCACGCUCCCUAGCCUAUGCCCGACACCGGGCAACGGUCCAAAUGCUCUCGGACUGGCGACGCCUCUCCAAGGAAUCGCCCACAUAUCUCGGGACGAGCUUCUUGCGGCUACGCGCGCUCCUCCCCCCCAAACAUGUUCAGCCCCCCGCCAUCAAGGUACUUGGGGGCUCCCGAGGGGCCAUGACGCGCUUUAGUCGCGCGUGCCUCAACCAUGCACCACUGGGGUCAUAUCGGCUCCGGUUUUUCCCAGACGAACCCGCAGAGUGUCCAUGGUGUGGGGUCGUCCAAAGCCGCCUUCACGUUCUGCGCGAUUGCACGAACUACAAGCGGCCGCGAUGGUGGCGGUGGACAGCCGAGCACGAAUUUCUGGUGCGGAAGGAGUCCUUCGCGGAGCUCUGUACGUUCCUGGAAGACUACCCUCGCCGUUCUCCUUCGAGGACGCUCCACCACAGCUGGCGGACUUUGACGCCACCUAGGCUUCGAAAUCCCACCAACUCAUGGGCGAUGCACUGCCCUGCCCUCUCCAUCAACCUGUGUGGCCAGAAACCACUGAACAGGUCCCUUAGGUAG